AUGAACUUUUUAGAUUUUAUUUAAUAACAAAUACAAGAGAAGUAAGAUUAAACUUAAGAGGUUCCAUAACAAAUCAAGGAAGAAGAGCCGCUCAAUUUAAAUGAAAAUCUGGAUAUUUCAGCUAAUGGAAGUUCAUCUGAUGAAGAAUAAAUGUAUGAAGAAUAUUUCAAAGAAAAACCAUCAUUAAAAGCCACUUACGAUGAAAUAUAUGAGAAGUUAAAAUAAAAUUCUCCUCCACAAACAGAACUCGAAAAUGAGCAACUUUAAAUCAUAGCAGAAUUACAAGCAAAACUUGUAGUAUAGGAAACGGAAUUACUCAUUCUUAAGAAGUUACAUUUUGAUCUCAAAAAUAAAUAAUCUCACUAAGCCAAUAAAAUAGAGUAACUCUAAAAAGAAAAGGAUGUUAUGACAUAGAUGAAAAUCGGCUAUGAUAAAAAGUUUUAAAAAUUAGAUGAAAAAAGAAAAAUUAUUGAUUAGAAUCAAAGAAUAAUUAAAAAGUUAGCCACAUCAACUUCAAACGAUUAUCUAGAGUCAGCUAUAAAAAGAGUUAAUCAAUAAGUCAAAAUAAAUGACAAAGUAUAAGUUCUAAAAGAGCAACCUUAGAAGGAUAAUCCAUAAGUGAGGAAAUUAUCGAGCUAAAAACAAUAAAAUAGUUUUAAAAAUAAUAAAAAAUGA